UUUCCAUGCUGUAUGACUCUAUAAAUAAAAGUUAAAAUUCCAUUUACCUUUGUUAUUACUUGCUGAAUGUAAUGAUAUCAGCAAUACCUUCAGCGAAAAAUAUAUUCAGAAGAACAUACUGACUCCCAGGAGAUAACUUACAAAGGAGAAUGGAAAUGCCGUCUCUCUAUCUUCCUGUUUGACUGAACAUUUGUGCUUUUGGCUUGAUCCUCUGGUCUAUGCUGUGUGUGAAUGAAGAUAGUAGUGAAAAUAUACCUCAACACAUGAUGUGUUAACCCUCAGUGCCAAAGUGUCUUUUGUAUUCAAUGUAUAGGGAGUGCAAUUAGGGGAAGAAAGAUUUGAAGUGUUGAAUUUUGAAGACAACCAUGUGAAAAUAAGAAAGGGUCCUGUGGAGAUUCUCCGUUUUCUAUAAUUGAACAUGUCCCAUAUGGAUGACGACGAUGAAGCCAGAGUUGGGGAAGCAUUGGCUCGCACUGUGGUCUGUGCUGUCAAGACUGCAGAUCCUCGUGCUCAUAUUGCCAGCUGGCUCAACACCACGGAGGUUGAAGUCACUUCACACGAGACAAACUUGCACUAUGUCAAUCUUGCAGUUCAGGCCUGUUUAAAUAAGCGAAAGAUUUGCCCCUCAAAAGGCAGCAACCUAUCAGCAUGGAGUUCGUCUACCUUUAAGAGAAGGAAACAUAAUUCAGGUGAUGGGGCAGAAUACUCAGCAGCUGCAGAUGCAGACCCUAAACCCGCCCUGACCACCAGCAUCCCUUUCGGGCCUAAUCUACUUCCGGUUGUCCGAGAUACAGGAGCGACAGCCCAGCACGGAGUACCCAGUGACUCAAGGGAGACGAGCAUUGCUCUGAGCAAUAACCUAGAAGCUAACGCUUGUAGUGGAAAAGUGGAUAGUAAUUCCAAACAUACUGGAGUUCACAGCACAAUGAUAUCCACUGACAAGUUGUUGAACUGUUUGGUUCACCCCGAUGUGAUCAGCUUAAUGACUGAAAUUCUGCUGGACAAUCAUUUCUGUCAUUAGUCAGACGAGCUCUUCAGUGUCCAUUGAUUUUAUUUUUUAGUGUGGAAAUAAAUUAUUCCUAAAAGGAA